UUUGGUUUUUUUGGGGGUUUUUUUUUUUUUUGAGAACGACUUCCCCUUAAACCAGUCCAGACUUGCCCUUUAAUUCAUCCUGCUUCUCCGCCAUGUAUCCACUGUCGGCAUAACACAACAGCGGGACCCUCAGUCUCUACAUCCCCUGCGUCCUUCUCUGUCCGCCGCGUCACCAGCGAGUUCCUCUCCCCCUGCCAUGCCCCGGGUCACCUCGCUGCUGCCUGCCCUGCUGUUCGUUCUCCUGCCGGGCCCGAGCCGGGGAUAUUUCCCCGAGGAGCGCUGGAGCCCCGAGUCGCCCCUCCUCGCUCCCCGGGUCGUCAUCGCGCUGGUCUGCCGCAACUCGGCGCACUCUCUGCCGCUGUUCCUCGGUACCGUCGAGCGCCUCAACUACCCAAAGGACCGCAUUGCGCUGUGGGUGGCGACAGAUCACAACAUAGAUAACACCACAGCCCUCCUGAGAGACUGGCUCAUCAAGGUUCAGCAUUACUACCACUAUGUGGAGUGGAGACCUGAAGAUGAACCCAGUGCCUUUGAAGACGAGGUGGGGCCUAAGCACUGGAAUAAUCUCCGUUAUGAACAUGUAAUGAAGCUCCGUCAGGCAGCGCUGGACACCGCCCGCGAGAUCUGGGCCGACUACCUCCUGGUGGCUGACUGUGACAAUCUGCUCACCAAUCGGGAUGUGCUGUGGAAACUGAUGAGGGAGAACAAGACCAUCGUAGCUCCCAUGUUGGAGUCCAGAACUGCAUAUUCCAACUUCUGGUGCGGCAUGACUUCACAGGGUUACUACAAGCGUACACCAGCCUACAUGCCCAUCCGUAAGCAGGAGCGUCGCGGCUGCUUCGCUGUACCGAUGGUCCACUCUACCUACCUGGUGGACCUGCGGAAACAGGCUUCCAGUCAGCUGGCUUUUUAUCCACCACACCCAGAGUACAGCUGGACCCUGGAUGAUGUCAUCGUCUUUGCCUAUUCAGCUCGCAUGGCAGAUGUGCAGAUGUAUGUGUGCAACAAAGAAACGUAUGGGUAUUUCCCGGUGCCCAUGCGCUCCCACGCUACCUUGCAGGAUGAGGCGGAGAGCUUCUUGCAUACACAGCUUGAGGUCAUGGUGAAAAACCCUCCGUUGGAGCCCUCCAGCUUCCUGUCUCUGCCUCCCAAGCAUCCUAACAAGAUGGGCUUUGAUGAGGUGUUCAUGAUAAAUCUGGAGCGGAGAUCUGACCGUCGUGAGCGAAUGCUAAGAACUCUGCACGAGCAGGAGCUCAGCUGUAAGGUUGUUGCCGCUGUGGAUGGCAAAGCUCUGAACAAGUCUGAGAUAGAGUCUAUGGGGAUUAAGAUGCUGCCGGGGUACAAAGACCCUUAUCAUGGUCGAGCUCUCACCAAGGGUGAACUGGGUUGUUUCCUUUCUCAUUACAACAUCUGGAAGGAGAUAGUGGACCGUGGUCUUCAGACCUCCCUGGUCAUCGAAGAUGACCUCCGCUUCGAGGUGUUCUUUAGACGUCGUCUCCAGACCCUGCUGCAGGAGGUGACAACAUACAAGCUGGACUGGGAUCUCAUUUACAUUGGACGGAAGCGGAUGCAGGUGGACCAUCCGGAGAAGUCUGUACCCAGCAUACACAAUCUGGUGGAGGCUGACUACUCCUACUGGACCCUAGGCUACAUGUUGUCGUUACAAGGAGCUCAGAAGCUCCUCAGGGCUGAGCCUCUCGGCAAGAUCCUUCCUGUCGAUGAGUUUCUCCCUGUCAUGUACAACAAACAUCCAGUGUUAGAGUACAUGGACCACUUUGAGCGUCGGGAUCUGCAUGCGUUUUCUGCCGAGCCUCUUCUGGUUUACCCAACUCAUUACACAGGCGACCCAGGCUACAUCAGCGACACGGAAACAUCGGUAGUCUGGGACAACGAGAAGGUCAAAACCGACUGGGACCGAGCCAAGUCGAGGAAAACUCAGGAGCAGGAGGAGCUGAGCUUCGAGGCUCAGAACUCUGACGUGCUGCAGUCUGACCUGGAGAAGUGGAGCGCACGGGACGAGCUUUGAUGAGGAAGAGCGGGACAUGAGGGGGAGUCAGAGAGAACUCUGCUACACAGAGAUAAGGAUGAGGGGAGACAGAACAAAGCUGUGAUCGUGGGGGAAAUGGAUGAGAGGGAAGGAACAUAACAGAAAACAGGAGAUGAGGGAGCAAAGGCAGAGUAGAUCGACUCAAGGCUGAUGGGGGACAAAUGCUUUCCCUUUAAAAUUUCUCUCUCCACUAUUUGAUCUUUCUCUUAAGAGAGGAGGUUAGAUGUAGCAUUAACUCUUGAAGAGUCAGCUAGCAGCUUUUUGUUAUAUUUAUUGCAUCUAACGCACAUCCUCUGACCGCAGCCUGGUGCAUUGAUAGUCCCAUUAUUUUUAUUGUAAUUUUGCCCAGACUCGUCCCAUGCAGUUUUCAGAAUAGAUUCCCCAUUGUUGUGCGCAGCAGAAAAGCAGAAAAACUGUUUCAGAUGUGCAGUAUUCCUCUAACAUGCCUCUAAAUGACUGCUGGUAACACUUCAACUGUCCGGCAUAGUUUCACAUCAGCAAAACUAAACAGAAAAUAGCUGCAGUAUGGGUUUAAAAUGGAAACUUCUAUGGUAUAAAAAGAUUAUAUUACAGCUUUUUGUGGACAAAAAAGUAUCAAGGAAGUAACAGAAUCACUAAAAAGCUGCCUUUGCUGUACAGUGCUAUACUCUAUCUCAGUGGUUCCCAACCUGGCUUUUUAACCCUUAAAAUAAAGUAAUGUUUCUGCUCGCAGCCCCUUAUCACCAGUUGUAUAUGUCUACUGGUUGUGAUGAGUUGUACCAAACUUCUGUUAAUCAUCUUGUGACCCCUCACAUUUAUCUUGUGACACCUUGUGGGGGUCCGGACCCCCAGGUUGGAAACCACUACUCUGUCUUCUUCUCCUCUUCUAGUGACUCUUAACUAGAAGUUUAUUUCUAAUUAGCUAGUGUGUUAUUUAUUAUUCAUUUUUUGAGGUUGUUACUUGACCUUGGUUGUUUUUUCACUCACUGAUGUAAAAGUGUUUCCCUUUCUUUAACCUUCACACUUUUACAACAGCAGUUUGGUUUAGUGUUUCAGUAUUUUUCCCAUCACUCCCGCAGUUUUAACCCAAAUUUUCAGCAUUUUGUUUGGUGAAGAUCAUAAAAACAAAUGACUAUAGAUUUUUAGUAACAUUUCAUGUUUUGUCCCUUCUCUGUGUACAAAGUGUCUUUUUUUUCUAU